AUGGUGAUCAUGGCAAUUUGGGCAUUCGAAGCGCUCUCGAUCUUUGCCGGCUUACUACCACAUAGCGUGGUCGCUGUAGCUGCUCACUCGGUGCUAGUGAAUGUCAACCUGGUGAUCUACGCCACCUUCGCGGGCCUUUCGGUGGCUGCAAAUAUUCGGGUCGGCAAUUGUCUAGGAGCUGGAACGCCCGAUAAAGCGAAGAUGGCUCGGACUGUCGCGCUGACGAUGACCUUGGCCCUCUCAGUUACUUUUGCGACGUUGCUCUACUGCCUCAGUGCCGAAAUUCCUCUACUGUUUCUCGAUCCCGGUGAGAGUGCAGACCUUGCUUCGAAGGUGAUGGCAAUCUGGGCGCCGUUCACGAUUAUGGACGGUCUUAAUGCCGUCACGCAAGGGGUAUUCCGAGGUGCCGGUGAGCAGAGGGCUGCUACGACAGUCAAUGCGCUAGCGUACUACGCAUUCGCUAUCCCUUUCGGCGCAUUUCUAGCCUUCCAGUGUAAUUUUGGUGUUGAAGGACUAUGGCUGGGCCUCGGGUGCGGUAGCAGCGCAGCUGUGAUCGCGAUGAAUAGUUUAAUACACUGGCGCUGGAGCUGGGAAAAACGCGCAGAUGAUGCGCUGGCUCGCACAGACGAAUAA